AUGGCCAAGUCUUAUGCAAAAACUGUAUUGAAACAAUUUAUUCGUGGGAAACCAAUAAGAUUUGGUUUGAAAUUUUGGGGCUUAUGCACUUUGGUUGGACGGCUAUCUACUGAAUUUAGAUCUUUAUUGCGAUUUAUUUCAGAAACGCAGAAAGCUAUUCAAUAUUUACUAUUUAAAACUACUCUUACUAUGGGAUUUACUGUGAUCAGUGGUUGUUUUCCUAUCCUAUAUAUAAAGUCUCAUAUUCUCAUUCCUCAAUUCUUAUCAAUGAUAAUGGCUGCUUUGCAACGAAUGUAUAUUACAGCAUGGCCAGCGAAUGAUUUGAAAGAAGUU